AUGUCCCUGUCCUUCCUGCUCCUCCCUCUGGCUGGCGACCCAGCUGGCUUGGGAGUGGGUAUUGAGGCAGAAAGAGCCCAGGGGAAAUGUGGGAGGCAGCGGGCCAGCCAGGAGAGCUCAGCAGGCUCCUGGUUCACCGGAAGGGACACCUUCGGGCCGUGCUUUAGGAAGAUGCCUUUGGCAGCUGAGUGGAGAGCCGACAGGCUUGAGGCAGGGGGACCAACCAACAGGCGGCUGCAACAGCCGGACCUGAGCGGGUCAGAUCCCACACUGGGGAAGGAGCUCGCUUGCCCCCACCCCUCACCAGGCAGCCUCCCGAGUUGCAUCAAGUGUAACAGAGUUAAACAGGACUUCCUAGACGGCUGGCCGAUCUUCUCUCGGCUUCUCCCGUACCCCCCCCUCCCCCAGAUCGCCGCCCCCCCCCCCUUCCGGACACCCCAGCCUAGGUUCAGCUCAGGCUGUCUUAGACCAACCACAUUUGGCGCCGGGAAAACCCAAACCAACACAAAACCUCCUCCCGGCACGCUGGACAGCCCCCACCCCACCCCCCGCCGGGUAGGGGGACCGUGGCCCCAAAUGGGCCCUCCGGCUGGGGGGCGGGGGUGGGGAGCAGGGCCCAUCAGUGCUCGGGAGCGGAGGGGGAGGCUGGCUGGGGCGGGGCCUCCUGCGGCUUUGGGGGUGGAGGGAGAGGAGGAGGUUGGACGGGGAGGGGCCUUUUGCGGGCACCAGGAAGGGAAGAGGCUGGACUGGGCGGGGCCUCUCCUAGGCUCCGGGGGUGGAGGGCGUGGAGGGAGGCUGGACGGGGCGGGGCGGGCUGACGGGCGGGGGGGGAGGCUCCUCCGGCUCCGGCUCUUACUCCUGCCCCUCCUCCUCCAUCCCCCAUCCUCCGUCCUCCAUCCUCCUCUUCCUCCUCGCAGUCCUCCUCUAGCCCCGCGGUUCCCCGGCCGUGCCCCGCGCUCGCCUCCCCGAGUGGCCGGCUGCGGGCGUUCUCAGGGCCCCGCCGGGGGACGCCAGGCUUGGCUGCGGGCUUUCUCUUUCUCUUCGCUUCCUGGGCACGGGGAGGCCGGGAGGCGGUGGCGGGCGCGGCUUGACCCCCGGAGCCGUCGGGGAGCGAGGAUGAUGUACCUGAAGCCGUCCUGGGCGCAGGGCUGCGGCGGCCUCCUGCACCUGGCCGUCCUGCUGAGCCUAGCGGGGCUCCGCGUGGACCUGGACCUCUAUCUGCUGCUCCCCCCGCCGCCGCCCCUGCUUCGGGAUCCCUGGACGCUGCAGGGGAGCCCCGGCGGCGCCGCCUACGCGCUGCCUUCCUUCCAAGAAGGAGCCGUCGGGGGCUGGGGCCAGCCGCAUCCCAAGCGCCCGGACGGGGACUCAGCCUUGCCGUCCGAGGGGCAGCGGCUGCUGCAGGAGGUGCGCGCGCUGGGGGUCCUCUUCAUCCCGUGCACGCACGUGGAUGCCUGGCUGGUGCAGUGCGUGGCUUCGGCCGGGGGCGCCGACGGGCCCCCGACCCUGCUGGGGAACGCCGCCCCGACCGAGGCGAGCGGGGAAGCGGGCCUUGGAGACCCUGGCGGUAGUAGCAGCGGUGGCGGCAGCGGGCCGGCCCGAGGUGAGGUCAAAGAGCAGGAGGCUAGAGAAGAUAAGCCCCCGACGGCUGCCCCAGCCCCAGGAGGCGUCGAGACCGGCGGCGGCGGCGGCGUCGAGGAGAGCAAUGGGGACGAGAUGGACACAGCCUGGUCUCUGGAAGACAUCUUCCAUUUGAUGGCGCCUCCAAUGGAGAGUUCCCUGGAGGGCAUUUCGUCUCGGCCCCUGCCUCUUCUCUGUAAUAGCAGCAGUGAUGGUGUGGACGCUCCUGGCCAGUACAGCAUGAACUUCAGCCAGGCGAUCAGUCACGACGUAAGCCUCCGUGAGGCCAUGUUGUCAUGCCCGGACGCAUCCAGACAAGACCCAACAGCCGGGCAUCCGCAGACCCAGGAUGCAUUCUUACCACUGAAUUCCAGCAAUGCCCUUCCUCUUCCAGGGAUGGACUGGGCAGGCUUUUCUCCAUCGACGGAGAGUAGGACUAGGAACCUAACAGCCCAAGACCUUCUCUUGGACCUUGAUGAAAACGUAUUUGAUGAGAUAAAUUUAAUAUCUUUUGCCACGGAGGAGGGCUUUGACCCGAUGGAGGUUUCCCAGCUCUUUGAAGAACCAGAUUCUGAUUCUGGACUUUCCUUAAAUUCCAGCCACAGCAGCACAUCCGUGACCAAUCUUAACUCAUCAGCUUCCCUGUGUGAUGAUGAAGGUGCCGUGGGUUACAGUAGUGAUGCUGAAUCUCUCUCUCACCGGGGGCUAGAGGGAGCUGUCGGAGGUCACUGGCUAGAGAGCAGUGAGCUGUGCUGUAUGUCGGAUUCAGAUCUUUCCGGAGAACCUACAUUGGAACAUAUUCUUCACAACCACACUUACUACCUACUGCCAAGCCCACCAUCCUCUGAACCUCUCCUUCCAUGGGCCCAAAAGUCCCACACUGUAAAAAGGAACAGCAACCUUAAUGACCAGGACACCGCCCUGGGCCAGGACAAACCCCACACCAAAACCCUGUGCCUUCCCUUCUCGGUGGAUGAAAUUGUCAGCAUGCCUGUUGACUCCUUCAACAGCGUGUUAGCCAAGAGCUUCCUGACAGAUACACAAGUGUCCCUGCUCCGGGACAUUCGCAGAAGAGGCAAAAAUAGAGUCGCUGCCCAGAACUGCCGCAAACGCAAACUGGAUGUGAUGCUGAGCCUGGAGGAGGAUGUAUGCAGCCUUCAAGCCCAAAGGGAGAGCCUUACACUGGAGAGGGCCCAGUAUAGUAAGUCGCUGCACCUCAUGAAACAGAAGCUACACAACCUUUAUCGGGAUGUUUUCAGUAGGUUAAGGGAUGACCAGGGCAGGCCUGUCAACCCCAACCUGUACGCGCUUCAUUGUGGCCAGGAUGGCAGUGUUUUAAUUGUGCCCAAAGAACUGACUUCCAGUCUUAAAAAAGACAAUCAAAAGGAAAAGGAGAGAAAAUGAGGGGAGGGAUUCUAUAAACUGGACCUCUCUGGAGGGAAGGUUACAUUGGUGAAGGCCGCCUGGGGAAAUGGGGUCACAUUAACAAUUGAAAUGGAAUUGUGAACAUGCUGAAUCUUGGUGACUUCUAAUUCGGCACAGUUUAGGCUACUGCUGUCCAGAGGUGCUCAUUCCUGAAUGAUCAAAUUAACAUUUAACUGACCCAAAAACCCAAGCAAAGUUCUUCAAGUUCAGUUCACGGGGAGGUAUUGCUUAUUGGGGGCAGCCAUGCUUUUCAGCAAGUCUUCAUUCGGUAGGUACCAUACUACCCCUCCCAAAAGAGGUGAUAGACCACAAUUUCUCAGUCAGAAGAAGGAUGUGAAAGCCCGGGACAAACUCUUGGGUAGUGGCCACGUUUUGUAGUAAGAUGGUCACUUUCAAGGCAAAAAAAAAAAAUCCUUUGUUAGAAAAAGAUUCCAUAUUUUCAUAUGGAGUAGCCUCUUAAAAUUCAAAGUGAUCUUUUGUUCUUAUUGAGUUCUAACUCUUUGUGAGUCAAAACUAUUUGGGCUUUUCUUGGCAAAGGUAGUGGAGUGGUUUGCCAUUUCCUUCUCCAGCUCAUUUUGUAGACAAGGAAAC